AUGACUAGCCAAAUCUUCUCAACUGCGUCCCAGACGUCACAGCCACCGCGGUCACCAUGGCUCCGCAAAUAUGGCGGCGAGAUGCGCAAUGUGCUCAACAUUACGGGAGAUACCGUCGCUCAUUCUGGAUUCGCCCCUCUCUUUCCCUCGCUCCAUCCAACCUACUUCGCCGAGGAGAGCACGGUCUUCGAGCAAUUGCCGCCGUAUCCAAUUCCCCCAGGCCAUGAGCUCGACAUGCUGUUUUCCACCGAGGCAUCUCAGAUAAUGUUAAACGGGGGGCUGACGACAUGGGAGAUGGGUGUCCUCCGUGAGCAUUUGGCGGGCGGACGACCGGGGGGCCAUCGGCAAAUGGAUCCGGUUACGCCAUACUAUCUGGACGCCGGACCCGGAGUGAGAGUUGAUGAGGGGGGUUGGCAUCCGGUCUUUGCAAAGAGCAAAUGGUAUGACUUCCGCCUUCCAAUCGUAGACGGGAAGUUGGUCCGCGAAGCUCUACCCGGUAUCAACGUAUCGGAUGUCUGGAGCGUCGACAUGGCCCAUGGUUGA